AUGGACCAACCUGCUGUCGCCCCUUAUGGAGGCUUUAUAGUGAAAUCCUUGGAUGACGAAAAAGCCAACCAAGCAGAGCUCGAGAAGCAAUCGAUUGAAGUGAAUGUUGAUGGUCAAACACAACAAUUAAGGCCCGAGGCUAUACGACUAAAUGGUGUUGACAAUUUGUCAACAGAAGAAAUCAAAGCAUAUGUUGAAUACUAUCUCAACUAUACAAGCUCUGUUGACUCAGAAACAGGUAAAAUUUCUUACGCUCAGAAACCUUUUCAAGAGCAAAUCACAUUCCGUGUUGAAUGGAUAGAUGAUUCAAAUGUAUGCAUAGUUUUUAAAACAAGCGAUGAAAACAGAAAGGCAUUGGAAGCGUUGAGAGAAGAUCCCAUUACUACUUCACCAGAAGAUCCUAGUUAUGUUAAUGCAAUUAUUCAGGAACAAAAGGCAAAGCCAUAUGAUCCUAUAAUUGCAUUUAGAAAAGCACAGAGUAUGUCUGUGAGAUUGGGAUUGGUUGACGAGAGUUUAGAGAACAAAGAAAGUAGCGGGGAUAUGGAUGAGGACCAAUCUUCGAUUGAAUUAAUUAUUCGACAAGCGUUUCAACUGGACCGGAAAGUCAAGAAUGCAUCGCAAUAUUCGAGAUAUUACUUGAUACACGGAGAACCAGAGCGACAACCACGCCGCAGAAGACAGCCACAUCAUAAUUCGAGACCUCGCCAUGCUAAGCAACAACAAGAAGACGCGGAAGAGGAGGACUUGUUUGCCGAGAAAUUAAACUCAACCAGGCAGCGCAGCUCUAGCAGAAACAAUGGCACAGGAGAAGAGGAAGAUGAAGACUUAUUCAAAGACUUAAAGUCUCGUAGAAGUCGGAGAGAUGUGGAUGACGAAGAAGACUUGUUUGCUGACAAGUUGAGACGCACUCGUUCUAGAUCGCCAACCAGGUGA